UUAACCAGAGUUAUGUCCCAUGUCGACUUUUUAACAUCGGUAGCCAACAUGGCGGAAGAGCGAAUGGAUAUUGAUGGUGGAGUGAAUCAUGAAGGGAUCAAGCAGUACUAUAUCAGUAAAAUUGAAUCACUACAGCUGGUUGUUAAUGACAAAACUCAGAACUUGAGAAGACUUGAAGCACAACGAAAUGAACUUAAUGCCAAAGUGCGCAUGUUACGUGAAGAGCUGCAGCUUCUACAGGAACAAGGUUCAUAUGUUGGUGAGGUGGUCAAGCCCAUGGACAAAAAGAAAGUUCUUGUAAAGGUACACCCAGAAGGGAAAUUUGUCGUGGAUAUUGACAAAAACAUAGAUAUUACCCUAGUCACUCCUAACUGUCGUGUAGCUCUUCGCAAUGACAGUUACGUUCUGCACAAGAUUCUUCCCAAUAAGGUUGAUCCUCUGGUAAGUUUGAUGAUGGUCGAGAAAGUUCCAGACUCUACCUAUGAAAUGGUUGGAGGUCUUGAUAAACAGAUCAAAGAGAUCAAGGAAGUCAUUGAGCUGCCAGUGAAACACCCAGAACUCUUUGAUGCUUUGGGCAUCGCACAACCAAAGGGAGUUUUGCUGUAUGGCCCACCUGGGACUGGCAAGACACUGUUGGCUCGAGCUGUGGCUCAUCACACUGAGUGUACGUUUAUUCGAGUUUCGGGAUCAGAAUUGGUGCAGAAAUUUAUUGGAGAAGGAUCACGUAUGGUUCGGGAGCUGUUUGUCAUGGCAAGAGAGCACGCACCAUCAAUUAUAUUCAUGGAUGAAAUAGACUCCAUAGGUUCUUCACGACUUGAGGGUGGAUCAGGAGGAGACAGUGAAGUUCAGAGAACAAUGUUGGAAUUGCUGAACCAGCUAGAUGGGUUUGAACCUAAGCAGAAUAUCAAGGUAAUCAUGGCUACCAACAGAAUUGACAUACUUGACUCUGCAUUGCUGCGACCAGGGCGUAUUGACCGCAAAAUAGAGUUUCCACCACCAAAUGAGGAAGCUCGUUUAGACAUCCUGAAGAUUCACUCACGUAAGAUGAACCUUACUCGUGGGAUCAAUCUUCGCAAAAUUGCAGAGAUGAUGCCUGGGGCAUCCGGGGCAGAAGUAAAGGGUGUUUGCACUGAGGCAGGUAUGUAUGCACUGCGUGAGCGCCGUGUCCAUGUAACUCAGGAAGAUUUUGAGCUGGCAGUGGCAAAGGUCAUGCAAAAGGAUUCAGAUAAAAACAUUUCAAUCAAGAAGCAGUGGAAAUAGCCUUUCCAAAGGAUGGUCAUCUGUGUAUGAAAUCAUUCUGGCCCGUCAUUUCUCAUUAGUAGUAGAAUGGUGGUAGAAUAUUAAAAUUCUGUGCUUUUUUUGUACAGUACAGCUAAACCUUAUCCAGUAACAUUGAUCAGGCUAUUUGGACAAAAGAUUUUGUGGAUGUUUUCAUCAAAAGUUAAGGUUUCACAUCACAAUUUGUCCUAAAUUUUUAUUUAUUAGUCAUUUAUUUCCAACACUAUCUGUUGUAAAACUACAAAAGGUUGGAAUUUCUGGAUGGAUAACGAUCAUCAGCCUCAACUAUAAAAGGUGGAAAAGGAUACACAACCUGCUACCAUUGAAAAGAUUGUUUCUGGAUUUGCAUUUUGCUAUUCUGUAGGAACCGACCAACAGUAAAACCUUUUGUCUUACUAUAUGUGAUGAAAGUAAGAGAAGUUGUCCAGGAUAUAAAAAGCUAUUCACACGACUUUGAUGUUUGAAAAUAAACUUAUCUUUGUAAUGAUA